UCUAUUAUGGCCCGGAAAUAAAUAUCUUCCUCAUAACUACAAAUAGUUUUAUAGUACAAAAAAGGGGGUAAAUUUAAACAUCACCUAAAGACCGCAGAUAUUAGGUGGACACCUUCGGUCCCGUAGAAAUCGCUACUACAGGCAAACGGUACGAUUGCAUACCGAGAAGCAUGCUGCUCACGUUUCAAGACCGUUUGCGUAUUCCAUGGCGCGGAGGUGCAAAGCAAAUUACGCUCGACAAUGUGCUACCGAUAGUGCUGUUGAUUAGCCUACAGCUCCUUGCUGCGAUUAAUUUCUACUGCAGUCUAUUCGUCUUCAUUCUACUACCGCUGUUGCUGAUGUACAUGAAACGACUGCUAGGAAAACUAGUACCAAAGUCGAAAUUUUUCAUCCUGUGGUUCUUUUGGAGUGGUAUCUACCUUUUAGCUCUUUUCGAGUUGAUGGUCCCGUUGCUCGAAAUUUUGCCCCAAGAAAACAUCGCCUUCGUUGUUUUCAUGAGUAUGUCCUUUAUCUGCCUCUACAAAGCCAAACGGCGAGCAGUCCUUAGCUACGUUAUCGGGAACGGUGAUGCGAACGGAGUGGAUUGCAGUAAAAACGGCAAUGACUCGCAGACGGCAGUUCUCAUUUCCGAUCGCGACGAUUCUGACGACGGUGGAGUAGGUUCCGACGGGAAUCGGUUGGCAUGCCAACUGUGCCGAAAAUAUGUUCCACCCAGGGCGUAUCAUUGCAAGGUUUGCUCGAGUUGCGUGGUUAAACAGGAUCAUCAUAACGUGUGGCUGAACUGCUGCAUUGGGAAGUCAAACCAUCGGCUUUAUCUGCUAGGAUGCAUUUUUACGUUGCUGGCACUGCUGUUGUUCGCAAACCUGGCGCUUACUGCCGUGUGCCACCCGACACCCAUAUUUUCCGUGUACGGCGUGAUCGUAAUGAUGCCGGACGAUUGUACUGAUAUAUUCUUCCAAUAUGACAUUGCACUAUGCUUCACAGGUUCGAUUUAUGCCCUUCUGAUGGCAUUAUUUAUCGCAAUUACAAUUCUGAAGCAGCUCUGCUUCAUAUCUUGUGGCGUUACCUACACUGAAUGGCGCCGAGGAGAACACGUGAACCGGCGCAAUUGUUUCUGCAACUGGAAAACGUUCUGCCUAGGCCAGUAAAACACAGCGCAGAAACGAGCAUGCCUAAGUCAUUAAUCGAUAAAUUGAAAUGUGUUUUUGUUUAACAUCAUGUCCGCAUAACUUAAGGUUACGGAAAACGUGAACAAAUAGCAAAACUAACAAUUUCAGGAGGGACGUUUUGAAUAAGCAACUUUUACCUUAUUUUCGUAAGAGUAAAGAGAAAAUUUUUCUUCAAACAAGAUUGAAAGUCAAGGUAUUAAGCUACUCUUACUCUUGAACAUAGUUGAAGCUAACCAAUAAAAAACUGAUUAGAUUAUGAUCCCGUAUCGAUUGGGAGGCAGUUUAGGAUAGUUUUUGGCGCGAUAUUCGAAGAAAUUUUUUCUAGCAUGUUACACCUAAACUGCUAAACAGAAAACACGUGUGCACCAAAGCGUCGAGGUUUAACUUCGCGUGUAUUCGUUUUUUCUUGUUGCAGGUUCGAACUUAAUAGAGUAGAAUAUGAUACGAACUUAAAGUAGAAAUAUCCAAAGAAUUGCGUUUGGCGCGUUUUGUGAAGCGGUCGAUUGGUAAAUUGAUCAAAUAUCGGUAAUUGUUGAAGUAAUGCGUAGAAUUCAGAUCGCACAAUAAUAAAACUUGAUAUAUUCAACUUACCUUUAAUCUUAAUCGUGUAGUUAAUUCUUUUUGCGCUUUGCCGUUGCACUAAAACAAACUCAUUUGCCAUUUCUAGACGCCGUCUUCAAGCCAAUUAUGCCCACUUAGGGAAUAA